GUGCAGAUCAUAACUUUUAGUCAACUCAAUUGUCACUACGUAAGACUAGAGGGUCCCAGCCGGUCGUCACAACUGAUAGAGCGGUCAACAUCUGGUCAUUCCGUCAAACGAUCCAGACCUUACAGUAUAGACACGGGACUAAUCUAAAGUCAUAUUUUCAAAUCUGUAGAAACCUGAAGCAGACGUUCUAGCGCAAAUAUGUUUUACCACGAGUAUUUUGAUGAAAUAACCAGAUUGCAGUCUUUCAAGGAUUGGCCUUUGGAAUGCACGUCUGGCAUCCUGCUUGCAAAGGAAGGUGUAUAUUGUUCAAGAUCAGACGGCCAAGGGACAUGUGCCUUCUGCCACAAACUGACUGAUUUAAUUAACGGGAAUACGCAUUUGUUUAGAAUAAUAUCAGAGUUAAACCUUCAUUACGAUGGGUGUUCUGGUCCGAAAGACACGAGGAACAUUCCUAUUGUGAACAAGAUCCAAGGAAAUUCUCAUCCACAAGACGAGGACAGGAAAUAUGGAAAAGCACGCUUUUUAGGAGUCAGACUAGAGGGAAUCAUGGCCCUACAAGAAAUAUAUGACCACCCUGGUGACGAUACGCGCAUUGUACUGGCAUUUCAGGAGACACUGGCAAAGUCAGGUGGAGAAUGGUCCUUCGAAGAUAUUAUAGAUAAAUUGGAAUAGAAAUUGACCCCAUUGUCCUUUUGGAAAUGUCGCAGUCAAUUUGAUUUGGAAACUGAAAAAUCGUGUAUGAUCUAUUCAGUGCUGAGAGUUAAAACCACAUAUACAUAAUUUAUGUGAGCUAUUUUGUCAGUCAUAUGUCCUAUAUUUCUCAAUAAAAUGGAUGUUAUUAUUUUGUACAUUAUUUUCCUGGUUAAACAACUUAAAAAAUAAUAAUAACAACAAUUUAGA